AUGGAAAAGAUGACGUUAAGUUCUCAAGGCCACAUUACUGAUCACGCAAGUAAAAGGUCAAAAUCAUUUAAGCGUGAAAAGCAGAAAUUCUCUGAUUUGGAUGAAAUUGGGGAACUCCGUUUGCAGCUUAACAAGUCAAAACAUGAUAAUAUAGUUCUGAUGUCAAAACAUAACGAAGAGUUGCUGGCUUGUGAGAACCAUGUUACCAGACUUCGUUGCGAGGUUGAGAAAGGAGACGCAGUUCGUCAAAGUCUGGAAUAUGAUUUGGCAGUGGCGAGAAAAGAAUGCAGUAUGGAAAGGAUGGCUCUGGAAGAGGAGAAAGCCAAGGCCAUCCGAGUACAAGAACAUUUUAAAGAACAAAUCGAAGAGCUUCACAGAAAAAUGCAAACGUUACAGGAGCAUUUCCAGACCACAGAGUUCAGUUGGCAAGAUGCACGGAAAGCUCUUGAAAGUGAUUUGCAAAUACGAGACCAAGCCAUUGAAAACUGCAGGAAAGAGCAGGAGAUGCUAAUGGUGGACAAGAGUAAGACUGAAGCUGUUAUUCAGAGACAAAAUGUGAUCAUUCAAGAAAUGCAACAUAAAUUGCAUGAAUUAAGCAUAGAAAACAAUACACAUAAGGAUACGGUGAGGCGACAUAAAAGUGAGCUUGGAUUAAACCUUGAAAGAGAAGAGCGAAUAAAGAAGGAAGUUGAGGCAGCACGGGAGAGAGUGAUGAAAUUAGAGGAGAACAUAGAGGCAGAAAGAGCAGCGCACCUUGAGUCCAAGUUUAAUUCUGAGGUCAUCCAGUUGCGGAUUCGGGAUCUCGAGGCGUCUUUAGAAGUGGAAAGGGCCAGCCAAGCAGAAACGGCUACCCGUUUAGAGCUUAUAAAAAAUCAAUUCAAAGAAGUGGAAAUUGCCUAUAAUAGAGAAAAAUCUAUUGCAGGAGAUGUGACAGACAAGCUUCAGAAAUUGGAAAAAGAAUAUUCUUUCAUGAUGAAUGAGUUCAAAGCAGAAAUUGAGAAUAAAAACAAGCUAUUUACAGAGCUUUCUGCGAAACUAAGUAACUAUGAGGAAAACUUUGCUUUGACAGAACAGAACCUUGCUAUGACUAAGAAACAACAGCUUUCUAUAGAAGAGGCUUAUGGAUAUAUUGUAAAAGAACUGCAGGGAUUGGUAGAGAGUUUCAGUAUGUUAAGUCUCCCUGCUUCAGGGACCUACAAUGACAACCUUAAACCUACCAGACCUGCUGUCCUUGAGGCUUUAAGACAUACCUUGACAGAUUACCAAAACAGGCUGGAAAGCACAUAUAAUGAGCUGGAAAAUGCAAAGCAUGUCUGUGAAGAGUUAAAAGAUGAAGUACAUGGAUCCAAUCAGAUAAAACAGUCUUUGCAUAAAAAACUCGAGAAUGCUCGAUCUGAACUGACCGUUGCUGAAAAGGAAAUGCAUUAUUUAAGUGAUAAAUGUGCUGAAAGGGAGUCUGAAAUUGCGAGGCUGCAAAAGGAAUUUGGCAAAGCGCAAGAUGCCUGGGAGAAAGAAGCCCGAAGGGUAUUAGAAGCUGAGAGUGAAAUACAAAAGAUCAGCAAUACUUUCCAAAAGGAUAAAGAGGAAAAGUUGACUUUCUUGCACAGUUUAUACCAGCGCCUAGUGGCAGGAUGUGUUCUUAUUAAACAACCUGAAUGCAUGCUGGGUAAUUUCUCCUGGUCAGAGCUGUGUGUUGUCUUGCAAGAGAAUGUUGAUAUCCUGAUCUCUGACCUCAACAAAACUAAUGAUAAGGUGUCGCAUCUAAAACAAGUAUGCAACAAAAAGGCUGAUGAGAUCAUAGAACUGCAGCGAAACCAUGAAAACUCUCUUGACCAGCUUGCUGAGCAAAUGAAAGCACAGCAUAGCUCCUGGCAUACAAAGACUAAAGAUCUGGAACAACAUUACUCUGCUUUUCUUGGAGAAGCUCGUGAGAAGGCUCAGAAAUAUCAGAAGAUUGCUGAACUACUUAAAGACAAAACUUCAAUCUCUGAAAAAACGAAGGAUCAGAUGGCCAUCGAAAAUGUGCGAAUUAAAAAUGUGCUAAUCAACACCGAGAAAGACCACAAGUCUCUCCUCGCAGCCUGUGCCCUCAUGGCUGGUGCCCUAUGCCCAUUAUACAGUAGAAGCUGUUUGUUAGCUGCACAGAAAACCCUCCUUCAAAAGGAAUGGAACUCUUGUGUAGAUGUUCAGAGGGAGAUCCAAAAUCUAGUCCAAACGUUGUCUGAAAAUGUAGAUAAGAAAAAGGGGGAUUCUUGGAAGAAAACGCAACAUUCAGUACAUCUGAAGCUUUUGUUUCGGAAAAGUGCCAUUGUAGUUUUGGCGGCCAAACGGCUGCAGCGGCUUGGUAGAUCCAGGCAAUCUCUUUUUACAUGGGUGGAGAAAGCCAAGAAGAGACCUGGGAUUUCAGUGUGCAUCGGACAAGCCCAGAUCAUUCAGAAAACAUAUGAGUCAAUGCAUUGCAAUGAAGCUGGAAAGUGGCUUACAAAUACUGAUCUCCUGUCAGCAGUAGUUACGUCUAUGUCAGAAUUAGUUGGGUUAUUAAACAACAAAGGCCUGAAUUGUAGUUCACAGCGACAAAUCAUUGAUGCAGCCAGAAAUUGUUUCUCAAAACUGAUGAAGAAGCUGAAUGUAGAGACAGAAUACAGGACUGUGGCCUUUGGCAGGCAUUCCAUUUAUUUAGACACGGAUUCCCUAGCUUACAGACUCUCACAUGGGCUUCACAAAAUCAGUGGCCGGACACCAAGUGUGGGUCUGGCAGCCAUUACUCCAGUCAAGGAGUGCCUAGCUGCUUUGAGAAUCAAGAUAUUUGAAUUUACUCAGCGUCUGCAUACAUCAGAAGUAGAAAGACGAUCAAUGCGCAGAGAAUUGUUGGAUAUGAAGCAGAAAUUCAGUGAGCGUGGCAAAAAUGUGGAGAAAAUACAGAAGCUUAAAGAGGAUGGCCAGCACUUUGAAAGAUCUAAGAUGGUCCCUUAUGAGAAGUUUAAAACUGCCUUUGAAGAAUUAAAUAAAACUUUGCAACGAGAGCAGGAAGUUCAGAUGCUUCUGAAUGAACAAUCUCAGCAAUUAUUGGAUCUUAAUUAUAAAAUAGAACUGCACUCAAAAGAGGUUAAAGAGAAAGAUCUAACCUUGUCAGAGGCAAUGAAGAGUCUCUCUGAGGCACAGAAGGAGCUAUGGAGAAAAGAUCAAUCUCUACACCACCAGAGCUCAUGGCUGGCAAAGCUGGAACAGGACAAACGUCGACUGGAGGAGAGCAUUGCCAGCGCAGAAGGUGCACUGCGUGCGGCAGCCAGGGAUAAAGAAAUCUUGGUGAGCUACAUGAAGUCAAUUUCAGCUGCCUUUCAAAAGAUCCACGAUGAGGCAACAUUAUCACGGGCAACAUCCACAAAAUACGAUGCUCCAAUCCAGCUUCCAAGGUUAACACCUAAUAUGUUUGAAAUGGAAGGAAACGCAGGAGGACCAGAGUUUAUAAUGUGCCAGAUUAUGAUAAGACAUUUCCUAGAUGUCUACCAAAUUGCAUGUACCAAAGCAGCAACACUGGAAAGAAAAAUAACCUUAAAUGAGAAACACAUAUCCACUCUCAAGUCAGAGCUACAGUCCGCAUGCUUGCGAGAGAGCAGGAGCUUUUCUCCGGAGAAGUGCGACGUCAGCACGGCAAGGAACUCAAGAACAGACUUUUUCCAACACAGAACUAUGCAAGACUUUCUACCACUAAAGCCUGAACCAGAUUUAUCAACCAGCCAACAGAAUUACAACUAUAUGAACGAGUCUUUUUCUCCCAUUGCAGACUACUCAUCUCAUACUGAUUAUACUUCAACAUAUAUGAAAGAGCUGCCAAAGACAUAGACAUUGCCUUUUAUAACUGCAGCACUGAUAUAAAACAACAAACUCCUCCUGGUCUAAUUGUGUUUUGUUAAUAGCAUGUUUGAGCAUUUUUAAAGCAGUGACUGAUCACAUUUGUACAGUAUUUUAUAUAAUUGUAAUAACUAUUUUUAUUUAAUUAUGCACAGC